AUGUCAUUCCCUGUGGAUAUGUUGAAUGGCUACAGUCAUGAAGACUUGGAGAGCUCAGGAGAGGACUACAUGUCUUACCUCCGGUAUGGGGAUCCAAACAAUCCUGAACUCUUGUCUCUGCCAGACCACGGCAAAAUUCCUAUUAGGUUGUCAUCUGUGGGCUUCGUUCCUCUUUAUGGUGAAGAGCAGACACACAAAGUUCUUGCUUUGUUUGCACCAGGGGACUCGCUCACAGCUGUAGCCCUGUAUCUUGCUGACCAGUGGUGGUCAAUUGAUGACAUUGUGAGAACAUCUGUCCCUACUAGACAAGGGCUUCAUCAGGUGAAGUCUCUUGGAGAGAGGAUUGUUCUCUAUGUUCUGAAUCGAAUUAUCUAUCGGACGCAAGAAAUGGGAAAAAAUGAGAUCCCUUUUCUCUGUCACGGUAGCAAUGCCUAUGCUAAGAUCAUGUGGAAAAAAGGAGAGGCUAUUGGGUUCUAUUCUGUUAAACCAACAGGAAGUGUUUAUAGCUCUUACCGUGGUCUGAAUUAUAACCUGCCAGUGCUAGACACAAUCUUUGUAAGAAAGAAACAUCGUGGGAAAGACUCUGGGCUGAUGAUAUUGGAAGACUUUGUGGAUUCCUUUGCUGAAGAAUCUCUUGGUCUACGAUACCCACUGUCGUCCUUCACAUACACAGCUUGUAAGCGGUAUCUUGAGAAGUACCCUGGGGAUCACAAUCUUUUGUGGGAAGUGGAGGGAGCAGGACGUUGGUUCCAGAGAAAACCCAUUAUAUCUGUGUUGCAGAGGGAAAAGCUCAAAAUUGCAGCAGAGGCCUCACAGAAAGAAAAUAAGAAUGUCCAAGCAGAGGAUAGUUUGCGGCAAUCUGCAGCAGUAUCUGAAGCAAGUGGGCAGAAGACUGAGCUAGAAACACAGCUAAGCGCUGACUCUCAUAAAGGAAAAGGAUCAAUAGAUGUCCGUGCAAGCACAUCUGAAGACGUUAAUGUGACUUUCAUUGCCAUUCGGACACGAAGCAGUCAUUUAAAACGUCCCAGGAUAGGAAAAUGUAGCCAGGAAUCUGAGUCUGGAUCUUCCCAAGGAGAUGUGGAAAAUGCUCUUCAUGUGUCAGAAAGCAGGCUGGAACUUCCUGCCCAUGCAUCUGAAAUCUCUGAAGACUUACUAGUAAUACCUGAGGAGAGUACUGUUGAGAGUGAUGAGGAAAUGGUUGUUGAAAAUGAGAAUCAGUCUGUAUCAGCAGUGGAGCUACAUGUGUCACCCCCUGAGAAACGGAGUGAGAAGGAGGAAACUCCAUUAGAACCUCUUAAUGGUGAGGUAACAGAAGAAACUGGCAAGACGUCACUUAUGGCUGAAGAGGAAAUGGCAAAUGAAGUUCUAAGUGGCGAAUUAAAAUUGCAGUCUGAGAGUCAGGGAGAAGAACCCUUAACGCUGUUUGUUCCGCUAAUCCUUGAGCCUCCAGCAAAACCUUCAGAAGACAUUGUAUCAGAGAAGGUUCUAAAUGCAAAUGUUUCAGAAAUGCUGACUGAAGAAAGUGCAUCAGUAGAGGAGGGCACUGAAGAACAGGAAGAACCCGAAAAGACUAUCGCUGAAAAUGCAGCUGUUUCAACAUCAAAGGAAGAGCCCGCUGACAACAGCCUGACCAACUCUAUGGUAGCUGAAGCAGCAGAAGAAUCUGUUUCUGACAAUGUAUUGUCCAAAACGGCUUCCUCAUUGAAAGAUCAAAAUGAGGAAGCAGGGCACAACUCACAGGAGGCCCCUGCUACCUUGAGCAGGAGGUCUUUGAUAGUGGUUGAACUCGAAGGUGUUUCUUUUCAGCAGCCUUCUGGACAGGAAGGACAGAAGAGCCAGUUGGAAGAGCACUCAGAAGAGUUUGAGCAAGUGGAUCAGUACACGCAGACAACAGCAGAGCGGGCUGGUGACAGCAGCUCUGAGGAAGCAGAAAUUGAGGUACCCAUUGUAGAUCGGAGAAACUUGCGAAGAAAGGCCAAAGGCUACAAAGGUCCACCCAAGAAAAAAGGAAAGCCAGCUUAA